UGCUCGAUCAGUACGAGCUCACCAAGCAAGCAGCACAGCCUGAGAGAGUAGUCAUCACAUCACCAUGGCUCCUGCCGCCGCCUCAAGUUCUCUCGCCCUCGCCCUCCUGUGCGCCUGCCUCCUGGCCGGCGCGGCGUUGGGCGGGCGCGUCGACGUCGGCGACAUGCUCAUGAUGGACCGAUUCCGCACGUGGCAAGCCGAGCACAACCGCAUGUACGCGACGGCUACGGAGCGGCUGCGCCGGUUCGAGGUGUACCGCCGGAACGUGGAGUACAUCGAGGCCACGAACCGGCGCGGCGGGCUCUCGUACGAGCUCGGCGAGAACCAGUUCACGGAUCUCACCAGCGAUGAGUUCCGGGCCAUGUACACCAUGUCGCCGGGGCAGGUGGUCGCGGUGCGCGAGGCCAUGCAGCAGCUCAUCACCACGCGCGCCGGGCCGGUCGGCGAGGGCCGCAACAGCAACUACUCGGACGACUACGUCGUCCAGGUCCCCGACAGCGUGGACUGGAGGACCAAGGGUGCAGUGACGCCAGUCAAGAACCAAUAUACUUGCGGAUCUUGCUGGGCAUUCUCCACGGUGGCGUCGAUCGAAGGACUGCACAAGAUAAAUACGGGCCACCUCGUGUCCCUCUCGGAGCAGGAGCUCGUGGACUGCUCCCACACCCCGCCUAACGACGGCUGCGAGGGCGGCCUCCCCUCGGCGGCCAUGGAGUGGAUCGCACGCAACGGCGGCCUCACCACCGAGUCGGACUACCCCUACGAGAACAAGCAGGGCAAGUGCAAGCUCGAUAAAACCCGUAACCACGCGGUCAAGAUCCGCGGUGGCAAGGCGGUGGAGCCGAACAACGAGGAUGCGCUGGAGCGCGCCGUGGCGCGGCAGCCGGUAACCGUGCUCAUCAACGCCUCGGCCGGCGCCUUCCAGCACUACAAGAGCGGGGUGCUCUCGGGCACUUGCGACCCCAUAUACGACCACGCCGUCACGGCGGUCGGGUACGGCGCCGACGCCGGAGGCCGCAAGUACUGGAUAGUCAAGAACUCGUGGGGGGAGACGUGGGGCGAGAAGGGGUACGUGCGCAUGGAGAGGCGCAUCAAUGCCAAGGAAGGCAUGUGCGGCAUCGCCAUUGCGCCGCACUACCCCGUGAUGUGAGCUCGGCUCCGUGCUUGCUUGCCCGGUCGUACGGAUGCUCAACUAAUAACUAGCUAGUACCACGUGACUGCGCAAGGUUAUGAGGUACAAGGAUCAGCUUGGAGAAAAGACUGAAAUAAACUCGAUGCGAUCAGUGUCGUCAUCGUUGUCAUUUCCCAGUGUAAUGUUUUCUGGGAAAAAUCUGCCUGUGUAAUUUAAUAUUAAAAACUAUAAGAAAUUA